UUGAAUCAAUCUGUCAAGAAGCUCCGGUUCGAUGGACACCGGCGGCAACUCGCUGCCGUCGCCGUCGUGCGCCGACGACAAGAAGCGGCGGGUCAGCUACUACUACGACCCGGGCAUCGCCCACGUCAAGUUCAGCGACGACCAUGUGAUGGUGCCCGCCCGCGUCGCCAUGGCGCACAGCCUCGUCGGCGCCCACGGCAUGCUCGGCGACAUGCGCCGCCUCCGCACGAGGCCCGCCACGGAGGCGGAGAUCCGCCGCUUCCACUCGUCGGAGUACGUCGGCCUCCUCCGCGAGCUCACCCCGGAGGGCUACGCCGACGACGGCCCGCUCCAGAAGAAGGCCAGGCGCCACGGCGUCGGCGACGACUGCCCGGCGUUCGACCGCCUCUGGGAGUACUGCCGCAGCUACGCAGGCGGGUCGCUCGCCGCGGCGCGCGCGCUCGUCGGCGGCGACUCGGACAUCGCCAUCAACUGGUCCGGCGGCAUGCACCACGCGUGCCAGGACAUGGCCAGCGGCUUCUGCUACGUUAACGACAUCGUGCUCGCCGUCAACGAGCUCCUCGGCCGCUUCCAGCGCGUGAUCUACGUCGACAUCGACGCGCACCACGGCGACGGCGUGGAGAAGGCCUUCGCGGAGUCCAACCGGGUCAUGACGCUGUCGUUCCAUCGCUACGGGAUCCGGAACGGCCAAGCGUUCUUCCCGGGCACCGGCGCCGUCGGCGACGGCGACAGCUACCGCGUCAACGUGCCGCUGGACUACGGCGUCCGCGACGAAGGCUACCACGCGAUGUUCAAGCCGAUCGUCACCAAGGCCAUGGAGGUGUUCCGGCCGGAAGCCAUCGUGCUGCAGUGCGGCGCCGACUCGCUGUCCGGCGACCGGCUCGGUGGCAUGGAGCUGUCGGUGCGUGGCCACGGGGAGUGCGUCAGCUUCCUCCGGGGGUUCAACCUGCCGCUGCUGCUCCUCGGCGGCGGCGGCUAUACCAUCAACCACGUCGCCUCCACGUGGUGCUACGAGACGGCGGUCGCCCUCGGCAAGGAGAGGGAGCUCCCCGACGAGAUACCCCGUCACGGCUACGAGGACUUCUACCUGAACCAGGGGUACAAGCUCCAUUACAAGAUACCACCGGCGCCGGCGAAGAAGAAGUGCAGAAACGCGGCGCCGGGAACGAUGCAGCAGGUCCUCGAGCGCCUCUCCGGCCUCGAGCUCGCGCCGAGCGUGCAGUUCCACGAGCGACGCAGCAGCAGCGCCGCCGCCGCCGGCGACGACCUCUACUACGAGCAUCCUCCGAGCCUGGAAGACGAGGAUUCCGCGCAGAGGCUGCACCGCCUCAUCAUGGACAAGUCUAGGGCACGCACAUUGGACGGCACCCCCGACCCCUAG